AUGGAUCCAUCGACGCCUUCCCGCGGGCUCAAUGCCAGCUAUGAAGAUGAUCCGCCUGCGUACCCGUACGGACCAGACGACAUAGGCAGUGAAGCGUCCUUCUCCUCCAGCCGUCUGGACAAUGGCUCCACGAUGAGGCUGUUGCCCAACGGCCACGAUGAGGACGGUGAGGAUGCCGGCGAUCUGGGAAGCGCCUCUCGCUUUCGGCCGGCUCAGGCAUCGUCAACAUUCAGAACGUAUGUGCAAGACCCUGGAUCUUCGUCUCUGGAACCCAAAAGCACUGGCCCAGUUGAGAACCCUUUGGAACCCAUUCCUUCGAGCACCUCAGACACCACAGACACCCCUAUUAAGUCAAGCACAACUGCAAAGUCCCCGUCAGUCGUGUCUCAAGCACCAGAGUCAUCUCAGAGCUCUGCGAAAUCAGCAAGAGAUCAAGCACCUAGCGACCUGGUCCCUCCUCCCUUGUUUUACAAUUCUCCCUCCAAACCCAGGCCUUGUUAUCAGCGUGACCCCGUGAAAAAACACCCCCGAAAGAGACCAAGCUUCAAGCGAAGCUCCCUGAUCAAUCACCCACUGCCACUGGAACCCAUCGCAGAGGACAGUCAGGCUAAUGAAACCCAUUGCAGUGCCAAUCCGUCGCCGACGAGAACGUAUCACCCAUUCCACAAGCGUCAGACUUCCGCAGCGAGUUCUCUGCCUGGCUCUCGCCCUGGAUCGAGCCUGGGUUACGGCCCGACGAUCCCGCCCCCUGGGGUCUCGUCGACGGAGUCUCCGCAGUUUACGGCCAGACCAGGCUCCCCGAUAAGGCCCUGGUCUCCCUCUCGCGGUACAGACUGGACUCGUCCACCGCCUCCGCCAGCGGCGGCGUCAGGUGUGAACUACGAGCCUGCAGAUCUCAACGGUAGUCCGCGACCAGGUACCCCGAGCUCGAAGUAUGGUGGGAGCCCUCGACGUCCGUUGCCGCCCGCGCCGCUGUUUUCCGGACCACCAGCUGGAUCGGCUCCUGUGGAAACCAGCAUUGACAUCGGAGAUGCCCCUGCCGCAGAGGAUCCGUUUGGUGGUGGAGGCCGCACCAUUGAUCCUCGACCAGCCAGUAUCCAUUCGUAUGAUUCGUUUCUCAGCGAGUCGACCAUGGUGACGGAGGACAAGGAGAUGGAAAAGGUCGAUCUGGAUGACGGCCACAACGACACGGAAGUGCUGGUUGACCCGAACAUGCAUUACGGCCCAGCCCCCGAAGGCAAACAGACCCGGCGAGGCGUUCGACCGGCGCAGAUGUCCAAGAAGGAAGUGCAACUGAUCAACGGUGAGCUGGUCCUGGAGUGUAAGAUCCCGACCAUUCUGCACAGCUUUCUGCCCCGACGCGAUGAGCGCGAAUUCACCCACAUGCGUUAUACGGCCGUGACCUGCGACCCCGACGACUUCGUUGUGCGAGGAUACAAGCUGCGCCAGAAUAUCGGGAGCACCAUGCGCGAGACGGAAUUGUUCAUCUGCGUGACGAUGUACAACGAGAACGAGAUCUUGUUUACCAGGACCAUGCAUGGUAUUAUGCGCAACAUCAGCCACUUCUGUUCCCGGACCAAGUCGCGCACAUGGGGGAAGGACGGGUGGCAGAAGAUUGUCGUGUGUAUUAUUGCCGACGGUCGUCAAAAGGUUCAUCCAAGGACUCUCAAUGCCUUGGCGGCGAUGGGGAUCUACCAAGAAGGCAUUGCCAAGAACAUGGUCAACCAGAAGGAGGUGACGGCGCACGUGUACGAGUACACGACGCAGGUGUCUCUUGACUCGGACCUCAAAUUCAAAGGCGCAGAGAAAGGGAUCGUGCCGUGUCAGGUCAUCUUCUGCCUGAAGGAGAAGAAUCAGAAGAAGCUGAAUUCGCAUCGGUGGUUCUUCAACGCCUUCGGCCGCGCCUUGCAGCCCAACGUGUGUAUCCUGCUGGACGUGGGGACCAAACCUGCUCCGAUGGCUCUGUACCAUCUGUGGAAAGCGUUUGACCAGGAUUCCAAUGUGGCCGGUGCUGCAGGAGAGAUUAUCGCCGGUAAGGGCAAGCAUUUCAUGGGCCUGCUCAAUCCGUUGGUGGCGUCGCAGAACUUUGAGUACAAGAUGUCGAAUAUCCUGGAUAAACCGCUCGAGUCGGUGUUUGGCUAUAUUACUGUGCUUCCCGGUGCGCUCAGUGCUUACCGGUACUACGCGCUUCAGAAUGAUUCUACUGGUCAUGGGCCUCUCAGCCAGUACUUCAAGGGUGAGACGCUGCAGGGCAAGGACGCGGAUGUCUUUACGGCGAACAUGUACCUGGCGGAGGACCGUAUUCUCUGCUGGGAGCUGGUGGCCAAGAGGGAAGAAAGAUGGGUGUUGAAAUUCGUCAAGAGCGCUGUUGGUGAAACUGACGUUCCAGGUAUGUUGCUUCAUCUAGCUUCCUCCAACGGUACUAAUAUCCUGCUAGACUCGGUUCCCGAAUUCAUCUCCCAGCGUCGGCGAUGGCUGAACGGAGCCUUCUUCGCGGCUGUGUAUUCGAUCGUCAACAUCCGCCAGAUCUGGGAGACGGACCACUCGUUGGCGCGGAAGAUUCUGUUGCACAUCGAGUUUGUGUAUCAGUUUUUCCAGCUUAUCUUUACGUAUUUUGGAUUGGCAAACUUCUAUCUGGUGUUUUACUUCAUUGCAGGCUCGCUGGCGAAUCCAGAGCAUGAUCCGUUUGGUCAUAACAUGGGCAAGUACAUCUUCUAUGUGCUGCGAUAUGCCUGCGUCUUGCUUAUUUGCCUGCAAUUCAUUCUGUCGAUGGGGAAUCGGCCACAGGGGGCCAAGAAGAUGUUCCUCUUUGGCAUGAUUGUUUACGGCAUCAUUAUGGUCUAUACCGCUUUUGCGACCAUCUAUCUAGUGGUGACGAAGCUGUUCAAGACCGGGGGUCGUCUCGAAUUGGGCAGGGACAAUUUCACCAACGUCAUUGUCUCGCUGAUGUCGACCAUCGGGCUGUACUUUAUCAUGUCGUUCCUCUAUCUGGAUCCCUGGCACAUGUUCACGUCGUCGGCACAGUAUUUUGCGCUGCUGCCCAGCUACAUCUGCAUGUUGCAGGUGUACGCCUUCUGCAACACGCACGACGUGACGUGGGGAACGAAGGGAGAUAACGUCCACCAUAUGGACCUGGGAGCGGCGCGAGGUCUGGGCGGGUCGACCGUCGAAGUCGAGAUGCCUUCGGAGCAGCUGGACAUUGACAGCGGGUACGACGAAGCGCUGCGGAAUCUGCGCGACCGGCUCGAGGUGCCCAAGCAGCCCGUGUCAGAAAGCCAGCAGCAAGAGGACUACUACCGCGCGGUGCGCACGUACAUGGUGUCGAUCUGGAUGAUCGCCAACGCGAUCCUGGCGAUGGCCGUGUCGGAGGCGUACGGGAUCGAGUCGGGCGCCAACAACGUGUACCUGUCGAUCCUGCUGUGGGCGGUGGCCGCUCUGGCGGCGUUCCGCGCGCUGGGGUCGACGGCAUUCGCCAUCCUGAACGUCAUCCACAAGAUCGCCGAGGGCAAGAUGAAGUUUGCGGCGGGAAACAUCAGUGCGAAGGGCAGCAGCGCCAAGCAAAGCACCGUUGGAGGAUCGACCAACUACGGCGGAAAUGCGACCUGGCGCGACACUCUAGCGGAGAUGGGCUGGACGGCGCAGCGGAAGCUGGGCAAGCUGAUGUUUUGGAGGAGUCAUGUCGGUCAUGUUAGUCAUGUCAGUCAUGUAUGUAUGUACGAAUGUACCCACUACUCGAAUGAAUGCGAUGGAUACGGAUAUAAUAUUGUUCGAAGUAUUCUCCAGGUCAAGAUAGAGUUCUACCGAGGUACCGAGGUCACUAACUGGCUUACCUUCCUCUGUUACAUUACAUUAGAGUUGUUAUUAGUUGGGGAAAACCUUGUUUUUUUGUUUUGUUUUAUUUAUCUAUACGGGGGGAGAGAGGAGAGUAUAUAG